AUGAUUGCAAAAUGCGGAUGGCCUUACUCGUCUGAACGUCCAUCGUUACAUACAUUAUUAUGUUAUAAAAUUGAAACAAGUCAAUCAUUCGCAGCAUUAGCACAUCAUAUCAAAUUUUUAUGGUCUUGUAUUAGAUGGGACAGUCUUAGGAAAAAACGUUUGCUCGACGAUGUUCUGACAACGGAAAAUGAUUCUGAAAUUAUUACACAUGAAUAUUUAGCUAAAUGUGAUAUUGGUCAACUUAAAUCUUGCAGUGAAUAUCUGGUACGAAAGAUUAUUUAUCCUAUCGAUAAGAAACAACAACGUGGCGGAACUGCACUGGCUUCUCAACGCCAACUAAACCAACAACCAAUAACAACCAUGACUAAAUUACCUACAAGUGCUCCGUUUAUUGUUCGUAUUCCCCAUUUACAACCGAAAACAGGUAUAACAACUGAAAGCGGGAAAGUUGUGAUUGUGAAAUCUGAUGCUAGUAAUAAUAAUAAUAAUAAUAAUAAUAAUAAUCCAUCUACGAUGGCGACUAUGACUUUUUCUCAACAACCUCAACUACAACAACAAACACAAGCAAAAACAUUUUCAAUUGUCAAAUUACCUGAUGGUCAAAUUAUUCUCGUACCGACAACAACAACUCAACAACAACCACAACAAAUACAAACUCAAUCCCAACAAACUCCUCAUCAUUUAAAUGAAAAUGAAGCGCGAAUUGUUAAAGCAGCUAGUCCAGCUACAACACCAAAGUUCAGUGAAAGAGUUAUCAAACGAGUGACGAAACAACAAGUACAAACGAUACCAUUACAAAAUCAACAACAAUAUCCUAAUAUUGGAACACAACGAUUAAAUACAAUAUCAAUUACAAAUCUUAGUAAUUCUCAAAAACGAAAUGUAUGUACAAUAAAUCAAAUACAAAAAGAACAACAACCGAAAUUUAUUGCUAUAACAACUGGUCCUCAACUAAUUCAUCAACAGCCCACACCAGAACGUCGUUUAAGAUCGAUAGCUCCAGCACCUACUUCAUCUAAUACAACGACAUCUCAAACGCACGCUAAUCUUUUAUCAUCACUUUUAUCGUCUCAACAACAACAGUUACUUUUACAGGCACAACAACAGCUUCACACGCCACCAGAAAGUACAACUGAGGAUUUAUUAAAAUUUGAUCCUACAGCUAAUUUAUUGUACGAUAAUGGCCCAUUAUUGUCCGAAGAUGAUUUAACAAUGAUAUCAGGAACGGUGACUGUUGAUGGAACUGAUGGACUACAACAUACAAUGAUUCCUCCACCACCACCAACUAAAGAAAAAAAAGCAUCAAAAAGAAAAGCGCCAUCUACGAUAGUAACUGAGGAAGAAAAACAACCGCUUCCGUCUGUUCCACGAAAGAAAACACAAAAGAAAAAUUCAAGAAAAUUGACAUCACUUCCUCUUACCGAAACGACUUUAACACCAAAAGCACGUUUAGAAAAAAAAGCAUUAUCGGUUAAAGAAACAAGAAAAAAAAUGACUCCACGUCGAGCUGUUGCUACUGAAACAGUUGAAAUUAAUAAUUCAAGUUUCUCACUCCCACCUCCUGUUCAACUUAAUCAACAACAAUCAACAAAACCGAAAUAUAAAUUAUCUGAACAUGAUAUUCUCGAGUUAUCACCCGUUAGCAACAGUAAAAAAGUAACUCCGGAAAAAACGAAGAGGCAAUCGGCAUCAUCUGUUUCUAUAGCAUCAACUUCAAAGCAAAAGGUUGAUCCAGAAGAUGGCAUUAGAUUAAAAGUAUGUGAAGGUAUUUUACGUUCACUUCUUGGCACAAUUGAACGAGAAGAACGUAAAGAGACGGCCAAAAAGAAUAUGGAAAAACAUAGUACUAUUCAACCGAAACAUGAACAUCGUCAAAUUCAUUUACAUCGCCUUCUAAAUGAUCGUGUUGAAAAUUUACGUCAAGAUUUUCUUAAACAACGUUUGCAACGAAAACAACUUUUAGUUAAAGAACAAGUACAACAGCAACGUUUCAAACAACAACAACUUGUACUUAAACAACAGCAAGAACAAGUAAAAACUGAACAAGCAAUUAUCGAGUCACGUUCAUCUUCCGAAGAACAGCAAUCAUCUCCAACUAAAAAAACUCCAAAAGCGACAAAAUACUCGAAAAAGAAAUUGACAAACGAACAAGAGACACCAAAAAGUAGUCCGAAACAAGCGUCGAAACGUCUACGUACUCCAAUGAAUAAUACUGAAGAGCAAGAACAACCUUCUCCAACGUCCAAAAAACCUCGUCAAACACGUCAUCAAACAAGUUCAUCUUUGCAUCGUCCUUCGUCUAGUUCCGAUAACGAUGAAAAUAAACAGAAAAAAACAAGUGCAGCUAAAAUAAAAACGACAACAAUAUCAGCCGCAACAUCAAGUCAAAAGAAAAAGUUUUCAGAAAGUAUAAUGAAUCCAGCCGAUAUUGAUUGCGUAUGCAAAAAUAAUUCGGAUACGCAUGAAAAAUUUUUUGUUCAAUGUGAAUUAUGCUCGAAAUGGUUGCAUGGAAAAUGUGUGGGAAGAAAAAAUGAGCGUAUAGCUGAAAAAAUGGACGAAUUUAUUUGUGCUGAUUGUCAAGCAUUAACUCAACGAGCCAAAGAACGUUUGUAUUGUGUAUGUCGAACACCAUAUGAUGAAUCUAAAUUUUAUAUUGGUUGUGAUAUUUGUCAAGAUUGGUAUCAUGGAAAAUGUGUUGGAAUUACACCAGAUGAUGCUGAAAAAUUUGAAGUCUACGUUUGUCCAAGGUGUUCAACAGAGAAAAAACAAGAAUUUUUAAAUAAACCGAUAAAGGGUGAUGCUAAAAAGAAAUUACUGAAUUUGAUUGAACAAUUGUUGACUCAUAAAAUGGCAUGGCCAUUUCAGAAUCCGGUCGAUGUUAAAGAUGUUCCGAAUUAUUAUAAAAUAAUCAAAGAUCCCAUGGAUUUAACAACAUUGAAAUCAAAAGUUCUUGCCUCGAAAUAUAAAACUGUUUGUGAUUUUAUUCGUGAUGUCAAUAAAAUAUUCAAUAAUUGUCGAGCAUUUAAUCCGAUUGACUCACCAUUUUCACAAUGCGCUAAUGUUGUUGACAAUUAUUUUCGACAUUUAUUAGAAAAUUUAAUGAUUAAAGAUGAACCAAAAUAA